AUGCCGUUCUACAACUCCAAACAGUACUCCCCCAUCCUCCCUUUAUCCAACUCCUCCCCCUACUCUCCCGUGCCCACACGCAUGAAUGCCAGGAGACUGUCAUACGGUAUCAAAAGCCGCGCAUCGCACUACUCCAUCCCCCUCUCCAUCGGCACUUUCAUCACCCUCGCCAUCUUCUUAUUCGUCUACACCCGCCCCGACUCUGAAUACGCCCGUUUCCAAGCCUCCAAACUCUCUAUCCAAUCCCGAAGCCAAGAGCGCAGCGAUCUUGCCAAGGAGGUUGCGGCGCAUGAGGAGCAUGUGCCGGAUAGGCAUAUGGACAAUGGCGUGGGCAUUCUGGUGAAUGAGGACGAGUUGAUUGCGGAGGACGAUCUUUUCUGGGAUUCGUACACGGAGGCGGAGCCGCUGUCGGCGGAAGAGGCUGCUGCCGAGGCAGAGCUCGAAGCCCACCGUGCCGACGUCUUUGCGCGCAACACGGCCGACUCUCUCCGUGCCCUGGUCUGGUGGCUCGCCGAGGGCGGUAUCCUCCCCAACAACUGGGAAGUGCCCACCAAAGCCCAGCUGAAGAAGAUGGGGAGCAAAGGAUUUGAGAAGCUGUUGACGGAGAUUGAUCAUGGUGAUGAGGAGCAGGAGAUCUUUGAGGAUGGAUGGGCAGACUUUGCCAACAGGCGGUACAAGAUCGUCGUCUUCUCCAAGUCUUACUGCCCAUACUCGCGUAACGCCAAAGCCAUCCUCGCUCAAUACCACCUCUCCCCCGCACCCUUCUUCAUCGAGCUCGACCAUCGAUCCGAUAUGAACUCUCUCCAAACACUUCUCCACCACUUUACCGAUCGCCGCACGGUACCCAACAUCCUCCUCGACUUUGUCUCCAACGGCGGGUCGGACGACCUGACGCUGCAACAUGCCGAGGGAGGGCUGCAGCAGAAGUUUGAGGAUAUGAUGGUUAUCUAA